GUCAGCAAGAUGGCGGCGGCCUCCUCAGGGGAUGAGGUGCCGGACAACGAGGACUAUUACUCGCUGCUGAAUGUGCGGCGGGAGGCCUCUCAGGAAGAGCUGAAAGCCGCCUAUCGCAGGCUGUGCAUGUUGUACCAUCCAGACAAGCACAGAGACCCGGAGCUGAAAAGGCAGGCCGAGCAACUCUUUAACCUUCUUCAUCAGGCUUAUGAAGUGCUUAGUGACCCACAGACAAGAGCCAUCUAUGACAUAUAUGGGAAGAGAGGCCUCGAAAUGGAAGGAUGGGAGGUGGUGGAGAGGAGGAGGACGCCCGCCGAAAUCCGGGAGGAGUUUGAACGUUUGCAGCGAGAGAGGGAAGAGAGAAGGCUUCAGCAGCGGACUAACCCCAAGGGGACGAUCAGCGUUGGAAUAGAUGCCACUGACCUCUUUGAUCGCUACGACGAGGAAUAUGAAGAUGUGUCCGGCAGCAGUUUUCCUCAGAUUGAAAUUAACAAAAUGCACAUAUCCCAGUCCAUUGAAGCCCCGCUUACUGCCACGGACACAGCGAUCCUUUCGGGAAACCUCUCCACGCAGAACGGGAAUGGAGGUGGCUCUGUUAACUUGGCUCUUCGGCGGGUCACAUCUGCCAAAGGUUGGGGAGAGCUGGAGUUCGGAGCCGGAGACCUGCAGGGCCCUUUGUUUGGUCUGAAAGUAUUUCGGAAUCUCACGCAAAGGUGCUUCAUCACAACAAACUUUGCACUACAGUUCUCUUCCCACGGGAUGCGGCCAGGCUUUACCACCGUCCUGGCAAGGCACCUGGACAAGAACACAAUGGGGUACUUGCAGUGGCGCUGGGGCAUUCAGUCGGCAAUGAAUACGAGCAUCGUCCGGGACACAAAAACUAGCCACUUCACCAUGGCGUUUCAGCUGGGCAUCCCUCACUCCUUCAUGAUGGUCAGCUACCAGCAUAAGUUUGAGGACGAGGAGCAGACACGGGUGAAAGGAUCUCUCAAGGCUGGCUUCUUUGGGACCAUUGUGGAAUAUGGAGCAGAGCGAAAGAUCUCCAGGCACAGCAUCCUUGGAGCCACCAUAAGCGUCGGCGUCCCUCAGGGAGUGUCUUUGAAAAUCAAGUGA